UUGGGUGAAAGAGGAGAAGGAGGAGCUGACUGAAUGGAGGACAGCUUUAUUUGACAGAUCGAAGAGGACUCACACAGAGGAGUGAGCAGCGAUGGAGCUCAUAAUGUUAUCUGGAGGUAUUCUGGUUGUUCCCGUCCUCGCCUUCAUCACCUCCUUCCUCUUCUGGCCUGGAACGCUCCUGAAAGCCUACAACUGGUACUGGCGUCGCAGGCUGGGGCUGGAGGUCGGCUACUCUCACAGUGGAAGUUACCGCUUCUGCUAUUCCAGCCGCGGGACGCCAGGGGGCGCCACGCCGUCACUGCUGCUGCUGCACGGCUUCUCUGCCACAAAGGACAUGUGGCUGCCUGUCGUCAAGUAUCUCCCCAGAAACCAACAUGUGGUGUGUGUGGACAUGCCAGGGCACGAGGGGACGAGUCGCACCGGGGCAGAGGACUACUGCAUUCAGGGCCAGGUCGCCCGAAUCCACCAGUUUGUGAAGAGUAUCGGUUUGAAUAAAAGACCCUUCCACCUGGUCGGGACAUCGAUGGGUGGGAACGUCGCUGGAGUUUACGCUGCUCAUCACCCUGCUGACCUGUGCAGCGCCACCUUGAUUUGCCCGGCAGGUCUGGUUUAUCCCACAGACUCUGAGUUCAUCAGUCAUCUGAGGGAGUUGGAGAAGACUGAGAUGAAGGACUCGAUCCCUCUGAUCCCCACCACCCAUCAGGAGCUGGAGGACAUGCUGAAACUCUGCUGCUACACCCCCCUCAACCUCCCCCGGCAGGUCCUGCGAGGUCUCCUUGCCAACAGGAUGCCCAACAAUGGUUUCUAUAAAGAAGUAUUCAUGGAGAUUGUCGGGGAGAAGUCUCGUCACUCGCUGCAGGAAAACUUACACCUGAUCACAACACCUGUGCAGGUCAUCUGGGGGAAGGAAGACCAGGUGGUGGACGUGUCGGGGGCGGCAGUGCUGAAGACGUCGCUCCCGAACUGCCAGGUGGAGGUUCUGGACAACUGUGGUCACUCUGUGGCGUUGGAGCGUCCCAGGAAAGCUGCUAACCUCAUCAUGGACUUCCUGUCUGCGCAGGAAGUCAACGGCGAAAACGCAAAGAAACUUUCCUGAAGAAACUUUUGAACCUCUCACGAUGGAUGAUGAAGGCGAUUAUACUCUUUUAUAGUUCAAUAGAAGAGUUUUCUACAGUAACAAUUUACAUGUGUGAAACUUAAAUUAAAGCACAGAAAUGGGACAGACUCAGACUGUCAGAUAUUCCUGAAGUUUUUACAGACGCAGCUCCAUGCAGGAGGAGUCGUCUCUGUUUUAAAAGUUAAUGUUGAAUUGAAAACAUUCCACGUUCGGAUUUUGCACAUUUCACUUUCAUAAAAAAACUGUAUUUCCGUCUGUUGUUUCAUGUGAAUGGCAGGUGUUUGUUUUUGUGUUGAGUCUCCUGCUGUGAACCAACUGAUUAUUUAACCUCAUAUAAACACUUUCAGAUUGAGAUUCAGAAUGAGAAAUGUACUGUAAGUGAAAGAGUUGUCGGAUUUAUUUUACUUUACUAAAAAAGAGUUUGAUAAAUGAGGUGAUUUGAUAAUUCCAGCUCCUGUACAAAGAGUGUUUCUGGACUACAGAAAUAAAUCUUAUGAAGAAACUGA